GUCAACCGCUUUCGUGGGAGGAUUCAGAAGAUGAACAGCUCAAGUGUUUUAGAUCAGACUUUUCUCAACUAAAGAAAAUGUUUCACAUGUUUGUUUUGUUCUGUUUGUGUUGGUGGCAUUUGGCUGGUGUGUUUGGUGAAUCAGUUUCAGUGAUGGAGGGAGAUUCUGUUACUUUGAAAACUGAUGUUACUGAAGUACAACAAGCUGACGACGUAGUGUGGACAUUUGGAUCAUACAAUUCUUCUAUAGGUAAAAUUAAAAAACAACAGCAAAUCUUCUUCACAUCUGAUGUUCCUGACGGGAGAUUCAGAGACAGACUGAAGAUGGACAGACAGACUGGAUCUCUGACCAUCACAAACAUCACAUCUCAACACGCUGGAGUCUAUAAAGUAGAGAUGAGUGGAGCUAAACUGUCAUUAAAAACAUUCCAUGUUUCUGUCUACGCUCGUCUUCCUGUUCCUGUCAUCAGCAGAAACUCUUCACAAUGUUCUUCAUCAUCUACAUCUUCAUCACAGCAGAAUUGUUCAUUGUUGUGUUCAGUGGUGAAUGUGGGUCAUGUGACUCUCUCCUGGUACAAAGGAAACAGUUUAUUGUCCAGCAUCAGUGUGUCUGAUCUCAGCAUCAGUCUCUCUCUACCUCUGGAGGUGGAAUAUCAGGAGAAAAACAGCUACAGCUGUGUGAUCAACAAUCCCAUCACAAACCAGACCACACACCUGGACAUCAGUGAACUCUGUCAACCAUGUUCAGCGUCAGAUUGA